AAUUUGUCCUUUUAUUCUUUAAUCACGAUAAACUAAUCUUAUUGUUGGCUCAUUGUUACCUCGUCCCUCUUCUAAUCGCAACUGAAAUAAGAUUCGAGCAGGUAAUGUAUACCUUACAUUUUGUGAUGUUAUCUUUCUCUACUCUGUUUCAAAGGGAGAGAUGUUUAAAAGUUUUAGGCACGAUAAACCCAGAUUUAUAUUUUUCUUUGAGACUAGUUCGUGACCCGCUUGCAAAUGUUAUUUACUACUCUCGGGUACAAUGCGUACAGGCUUUUUGGUUUUCAUGGUUCUGAUUGUUGGAUGGACCCAUAAGUUGUAUUUGAAACAAGUUUCUUACUGACUAUAUCCUUGAGGGUUUUUGUCUUUUUUCCAAAACGUCCAAAAAGUCAAUAAUUUGAAAGCUUGGCUUGAAUUCAUGAUCUAUCAGCUGAAGAUUUUGUUUUUGAAAGGCUGCGGUGUUUUACACUCAUUGGCUGGCGAGCAGAUUAUUUAACUAAAUGAUGUUUACAUUUAUUCAUAGUUGUCAUCCGAUAAGUGCACAUGCAGACAUUUUGAGUGUGCGACCAUUGCCGAAAUUCUAUCUCUGAAAUGUAACAGUCUGACCUCUUUUGCUUCAAAAGGUCGCGAUGGUCGGUUACAGUAGAAUUUCUUUCAUUUUCUUUUAAACUAGAAGUCUGUAAGCCACAAGUUUUCAAUAAUUAAUCAUUUCAAAUCUGCUUUCAAACCAGGUCUGUGUUAUUAACUCAGCAGAUAACAUGGUGUUAGUUAGAUUGGAGUUAAGAAUGAAAGAAAUAUAUAUUGUACUUGCUUACAUCAUAAUUAUGCUUUGAAGUAAUUUCAUUCUCCACAUAUGUAGCCAUAAAACAAGAAUUUGGUAAACAUUUGGCUUCCAGUUUAGCUGGUAAGCAAACAUUCCAGGCAUUUGAUUUAAAAUAAUGAAUAUAAAUUAUAUGUGUUACUUUUCAUUCUGAGGAAAAAAAUUAUAUGCUGUAUUGCUUGGUUAAAUGAAUGAAAACAAAAUUAUUUCAGUAUCAAACUGUUGAAUUAAAAUUGAAUCAAAGUUAAGAAAUCAGAAGAAUUCAGAAAUUAAAUUGAUGUAAUAUUUGAUUAUUUAUAUCUUUUAGGUUCAAAAAUGUAUAUUUUGUGUAGAAUUGUACUAGCUGUGGUGAUGUGCCUUCCUACUUCUGGAGUAAAAUUGCCAUCAGAUAUGUCCCAAGGUGUGUGCUUAAAUUCUUCUCAAAUAGAUCAAUUAAAAGCAAAACAGCUGUCAAAUAUUAUCUCAAAAAGUAACCUCAAGACAAGAUAUACCAUUGAGGUAAACAGCCAGUAAUUUUUAUUGGAAAACCCAUCAAAAGUUCCAUGAAUCAUCUAUAGGUCUUGUAUGCUUAUAUUUAUUUAAUCCAUGUCACUUUUGAGCUUUACUUCUCACGUAAUUAAACAACCCAGAUCAAGUAAAUGUACUGAAAAAAUGUGUAGAACCCAAAUUUCCUCUUGGUCAUACUUAGAUUACCGUGAAUCAGUUAAAUGUAGAAUUACCAUUUUGAUUUUCUGUUGUCAUUAUUUUUUUUUUCAGGAAUUUUUUGUGAGGGCUGCAGUGCUGUUAUGAAAGGUACAUUUUUAGCCUAAUUUGGUCCUUUACAAUAACAGGAGUCCUUUAUCUUGGAAAAAGAAUGACCUGCUAGCCUCCCUACUGCCACCAUUUCUUUCAGCUACAACAGUAACAUUGGCAAACAUCAAAAAAUAAUAAUGGUCUCUAUUUUGUGUUUAAGAACUAGACAAGUUGUUGGAAAAAAAGAGUUCAGAUCCCAGAGAGCUGCAGGUGGUAGAAGCAAUGGAAGACAUCUGCCAAACAAAGUAUUUUUCAAAAUAUGAUUAUUCGCCACCAACUACAGUCAAAGCCUGCAGAUUUUUAAUAGGUAAGUCACUGAUGAAUUAAAAGUUAUAGCCUUGAGCUUUGAACAGAAUAAACACACAAUGACAACAGUGUGCAAUUCAGCCAUCAUUAGGCUCAGUUUUUUGAGAGCUAAUACUGUAAUAAAAAAGGUAGAGAGGGAAUUGAUAUUUGGGGUUGGAAGUGAAAAGGUUAAUGUUUUGUGCAAUGGCAAGUUUUUUUUUUUUUUUUUUUUUUUUUUUUUACACAGAGAAAUAUGAAGAGGACAUAGAAAAGUUGUUGAUGGACAAGGUUGAUAACACAGAACAAGAGGUUUGUUACAAGCUGACCAAAGCAUGUGAAGGUGUGGAUAGAAGUAAAAAGGAGAAAGAAUCCCUUGAUUACCGUUUCAACAAUCAGCCACAGCAAGUGAAGACUGAAUCAGCCUCAAAAGACGAUGAUGGUAUUCAUCGCAUGAAUGUGGAUAUUAAUGAUCCUGGAGCUGCAGAGAGGCUGGCAGAGCAGAUUAAAUCACAACUGGGACAGCAGGGGAUGGGAGGAGGCACAGGAGAUGACGAUGAUGAGGAAGAAGAAGAAGAAGAAGAAGAGGAAGGAGGAGAUAGUGAAGAUGAAGAAAAUGGAGGAGCUGAAGAUGAGAAUGAUAAGAAAUCUUUUGAAGUGAAAACUGAAUUAUAG